AUGGUGUGGGAAAGGACUGAAGAAGGGGAAUGGAAGAACAAAACCACGCUCCUGGGCCACACUCACAGUGCGCUUAGUGUGCUGGUGACGCGGGAUCAGAAGCGCGUCGUGUCGGCCUCGUGGAAUGGUACGGUGCGGAUUUGGAACCUUGAAAAAGGGCAAGAACCCCAGCCGUCCACGAGUAUCAAGACUGACUGGGUUUUCUACAAGAUGUGGUUCCCGUGGCAGUCGACCGACUAUGUCAUGACGCCGCAGGGCGCGUAG